AUGAUGGGUGCUGGCGGCGGAGGAAUUGGCGGCUUAACAGAUAUUUCGAUGGCCGGCGGCGAGCAGCAGCAGUACCAGGUGAAGGCAGAGAUUGCGGCCCACCCGCUGUACGAGCAAAUCCUGGCCGCCCACGUCGCGUGCCUCCGGGUCGCCACGCCGAUCGACCAGCUGCCCCUCAUCGACGCCCAGCUUUCGCAGUCCCACAACCUCAUGAGGUCUUAUGCUGCUCGGCACCACCACAACCCUCCCCUCUCGCCCCAGGAGAGGCAAGAACUCGAUAAUUUCUUGGCACAGUAUCUUCUGGUGUUAUGUUCUUUCAAGGAGCAGCUUCAGCAGCAUGUCAGAGUCCAUGCUGUGGAAGCAGUCAUGGCCUGCCGCGAUAUUGAGCAGAACCUGCAGGCUCUCACUGAGGAAGGAUGCCUGGCUGUUUGUUUGCCGACUUUUGAAUGGUUCGUGCAUUAG